AUGAUUCAGCAAACUGUCUUUUCUGAAGAUAUUUCUAGAUUGAAAGAUGGAAAACCUUGUUCCUCUCGUCUCGCGUCUCUCUCCCCCUUCUUAGACGAAAAUGGAUUGAUUCGUGUUGGAGGCCGCCUUAAGCACUCUCAAGUAUCCUACGCUGCAAAGCAUCCUAUUGUAUUGCCCAAAACUAACCAUGUCACCAAUCUCAUCGUUGAUCAUUACCAUUUGAAACACUUGCAUGCUGGACCUCAGUUUUUACAAGCCGUUUUAUCUCAGAAGUUUUGGAUCCUAUCUGCUCGAAGUAUUAUUCGAAGAAGAGUUUACAAGUGCAUCCGAUGCUUCAAAUGCAAUCCUAAGACAACAACUCAGAAAAUGGGAGAUCUUCCUCCACAACGAGUCCUACCCUCAAGAGUGUUCAACAACUGCGGGACGGACUUUUUAGGCCCAUUCUCAGUUAAACCUUGCAAAUUAAGGAAGUCCUGUCCAAUCAAAGUAUACGUUUGUAUCUUCAUUUGUUUUUCUGUCAAGGCUGUACAUUUAGAGGUUGUUACAGAUCUCAGUUCCGAAGCUUACCUAGCAGCAUUGACGAGAUUUGUCUCUCGACGAGGGUUGUGUAGCAACAUCUACUCGGACUGCGGAACAAAUUAUGUAGGUGCCGCUAAUGAAGUUCAAAAGAUUGUUAAGAAUUUCUUCGUCCAGAAAGAAACUCAAGAAGCUCUUAGUAAGUUUGCAAUGGAAAACAACAUUACAUUUCAUUUCUUACCCCCCGCAGCUCCACACCAAGGUGGCCUUUGGGAGAGAACUGUCCGCAGUGUCAAACACCAUCUUCGGAGAGUCAUAGGCGAACAGAUUCUUACUCUUGAAGAGUUCAUCACACUAACAACUCGCAUCGAAGCAAUUCUAAAUUCACGGCCCAUAACCCCACUUUCAUCUGACCCCAGCGAAAUUGAUUGCUUAACUCCUGGUCAUUUUCUGAUUGGAGGACCUCUUUUAUCUCUUCCCGAACCUGACUGGAAAGAUGUCUCAACAAACAGAUUGUCAAGGUGGAAGUUUGUUCAAGCCUUAACCCAAAGUUUUUGGAAAAGAUGGCAAAAAGAAUACCUCUACACGUUGCAACAACGAGGGAAAUGGAGAAGUCCUCAACCUAACAUAAAAAUUGGAGAUCUUGUCCUAUUGCAUGAACCAAAUCAACCUCCCCUUUCAUGGCGAAUGGGACGUGUCAUUUCAACUUCCCCAGGGCAAGAUGGUCUUGUACGAGUUGUACAGUUAAAAACUUCAUCAGGAACACUCUCCAGACCUAUAACUAAAGUCUCACCCCUACCAAUCAAUGAUGAAUGA